AUGGAGCCCAUAACAGGUGGUAAUCAAACACAGGUGAUGGAAUUCAUCUUCCUUGGUUUUUCUGGUGCCUCAAAGGGUCAUGCCUUCCUAUUCCUGGUCUUCUUAGCAAUCUAUUUCAUUACCAUCAUUGGGAACACCACGAUAGUCACCCUGAUCCAGCUGGACUCCCGCCUCCACAGCCCCAUGUACUUUUUCCUCAGCCAUCUCUCCUGCUUGGAUGUUUGCUACUCAUCCGUCACUGUCCCCAAGAUCCUGGCAAACUUCGUGAGCCAGAAACCCACCAUUUCGUACAACCAGUGCAUGGCCCAGAUGUUCUUCCUGAUGACGUUUGCGGGUUCAGAGUGUGCCUUGCUGGCCGUCAUGGCCUACGACCGCUAUGCCGCCAUUUGCCAGCCACUGCGCUACAGUCAUCUCAUGAGCAGCCAAGUCCGUGUCCCUCUGGCCAUUUUUUCAUGGCUCUGGGGCAUCUUGGACUCAGCCAUCCACACCGCCCUGACCACCAACCUGUCCUUCUGUGGGGCCAACCAGAUUGACCACAUAUUUUGCGAUGUUCCACCGCUCCUGAAAAUCGCCUGCAGUGACACCUAUGUCAAUGAGAUGGCCCUUCACACAGCCAGCGUCUUUGUGGGCUUGAGUCCGUUCCUACUUGUUGCCAUCUCGUACAUCUACAUCCUGUCCGCCAUCUUGCGGAUUCGCUCCAACAUGGGCCGGCGCAAGGCCUUUUCCACAUGUGCUUCCCAUGUGGUGGUGGUCAUCAUCUACUUUGGGAUGGCCAACGUGAAUUACAACCGUCCCAGUGCUGGCUACUCCUUGGAACUCGACACCCUGAUCUCCACACUGUAUUGUAUCAUCACACCCAUGCUGAACCCGCUCAUCUACAGCUUCCGCAACAAGGAGGUGAAGAACGCCCUGUGGAAGACACUAGGUCUGAAGAGUAGGGAAUUUACUUCCCCAAGGAAGCAGUGA